AUGCACCAGAUUCUCUUGCAUUUGCAUAUUCUGAUUAUCAGCAUGCUGUACUUUGGCUGCUCAAUCCUUUUCUGCUUCAUUGGGCUAGCAAUCGCUUGUGCGGAAAGUCGUAGGUUCCUUCUGAAGUUCGUGCCAGAUGUUCACGAUGCUUACAAUGUUGACUACAUCACGAAGCUUCUCCAAUGGGAAGGCAAGGGCGAAGCAUUGCGCGUCCCGUUUGUUAUGGAGCCCCGUCGUCUUGCAGAGAAGAAAGGGAAGCAGAAGCAGGCAGGCGCCACCGAGGCGAACGCAGCAAAGGAGAACUUCUACGAUCACUUUGAGAGCAUGAUGCACGAGUUCAAUGAGCCAACAGAGGUGGAGUAUCUUCGCAAGGGUGGGACGACCACCCGCUUCUGGGAAGGCAGCCCUACCAGUGCCGAGAGCGACGAGGAGAUGGGAGAAGGAGAGCGACUUGAGAACAGCUUUUAUGAGGUCAUCGGACGUUACAGUCUGCUUUGGGACUCUUGCUCCAUGGCAAGUCACAAUUCGAUGAUGGUGGGCGUGUUUGCCUUAUGGCAAAGCUUCUCGUAUUAUUUGUUUGGCCACGACAUGAACCGAUCAUUGCAGGCUCGACUAGGCAUGUAUGUCACCACCACGAUCGCUAGCCUGGCCCUCGGGGGUCAACUUGGCCGGCUGCUGACCGUGAAGACCGAGCCGGACUGGAAGGAGCAUGGCGCAGGCGAAGAGUGUUUCGACCCAGGACGCCAACUUAAGCAUUGGGUGCUCAGACUACUUAUGAUUCUGGCACCAGCUCUGGUGAUGAGCGGUGCUCUCUGCGCGAAUGAGGUUCUGCUGAUCCAAGGGUAUUUGGCUCACGGAGCUCUUCAUGCUUACUUGGCGGUUUUCCUUUUCCGAGCCUUGUGCAAGUUGCCCCAGCAAAGUGGCUUGCCACCGGCGCAUCCCGAGAAGAUAAGGCGAUUGCGAGGCAAGGGCUAUGGAAGCAAGCAGGCUGAUAUCGAUCGUGACGAGGCCGGGCUGGAGCCACGAGAGUCGCCAGAGCCGAUGCUUCGCCAGCUCCUUUUUGAGAGCGAGAAGAAAGCGAUGCAGACAGCCAUGUUUAUGAAGAGACUGUUGCUCAAGAGCCAUCUCGUAGCUUGUCUGCCCUGGGCUUGGUUGGCGCUGGGAGCUUUCCAGGCUAUGACAGUUGAGGUUGGCAAUGGUUCAGAGGUCGACGUGACCGAGGUGAACGUGACCUGGGCAUCGCAUGCCUUUUUCAGUGCGCGUUCGAUGACGUGCUCGCGAGAUGGCCAAGUCUGGCUUGCCAGCGACGACGGCGUGUUUGCGAUUGCACAUGGGGCAGACGGCGGUGGUGUGGAAAGUAUCGAUUGUCCAGCUUUGCCUCUUGAUGAGAACGUGAAGGAUGUUUCCGUUUUGUGCUCGGAAUCAAGUUGUUGGCCUGCAGUGCUUGGAUCAAGUGGAAAGCUUUACAGCUGCAAUCCCGACCCAGACGGAGCCAUAAACCCCUUUACAGAGCUGCCAGGAAUCUCUGGCUUUGCUUUGGCAGGCGAGGGUUUCUAUGUUCGGAAGAACAACAGCAUCCUUCACUUCCCAGCCCGAACGUCUGUGGCUCGUCCACUGCCGGGUCUGAUUGGCUUUGACAUCCUUCCCAAUGCUGGAGGGGAGGACCUCUUCCUUUUCUCAGCAGACAGAGCAGCAAGCAUACAGCUGAGGAGUGCAGGAAAUGGUGAGCUGCGGAAGUGGGCGUUGCCUGCCCAGCUGCCCCCCUUGCGUGCGGCUUGUGCGAUCGCCCCGACCGCAGCACUGGCUGCGGUGCAGGAUCCACAUUCAGAGGACCACCCGCGUCUCCUCCUCUUCGACUUGAAGUAG